AUGUCGCAACACAAAACGCGGAAGGCGUGCGACUUUUGCUAUCGCAGGAGGAUCAAAUGCGACGCACAGAAGCCCCGAUGCUCUAAUUGCAUGCUGCAUGACUCAGUCUGUGCUUUUGGGGCCACAAGGCGCAAAGCUCGGGCCAAGCAGCAGGCAUCGGGCGAAGACAUUGGGAUUCUGCGAUUGCAAGUGGAGCGUCUCGAAUCAAGUCUUGGCCUGGCUUUACAGAAAAUCGAGGAGCUUCAAAGCUGUGUACCGAAACAGGACAAGGCUUCAGACGUUCUAGCUGGCUCAGCCGGCGCUGAUGACCUCCAUGCAGAUCAGGUCGAGUUCGUCCAAAAAAUGCUCCCAGAUACACGUCUGGAACUGCCCCCGCUUCAGGAAGUUCUGUCUGCGACGGAAGCUUACCUUACAACCCUGAAUGCUAUUCUUCCGCUGUUCCACCCCGGCCGCUUACUGCAAUCGAUUACCAACUGGUACGCAAAUCCUGGUCGAAGGGACCGUAUAACAUGGGCGGCAAUCAACGUGGUUCUCGCGCUGACGUAUCAUCGAAGACUCCCCGAUGAGGCGACAUUGAGUAAGAACGCGGCGUACUACCUGCAUAACGCCCAGACAGUACUUUCUGAGGUGAUAAUGGGUGACGCUGAUCUUCUAAACGUCCAGAUCCUCGUCGGAAUGGUCAUGCUCUUUCAAGCUACGCAAGAUCUUAAGCCCGCGACGAUGCUAAUCGCCAUUGCUUUACGUCUGGCGCACGAGUUGGGACUACAUACUCGAAGAGCAGAGUGCCUCGACACUUCCCAGGUAUUGGAACGAGACCGGGUCUUUUGGAUAGCAUACCUCCUUGAUAGAGAUAUUAGCAUGCGCACAAGUCAGCCGCCCGUACAACGCGAGGCCGAUAUCGACCUUGAGUGGCCGUCAGCCGAGCCCGAAGAUGGAGCUGGGAACGUGACAAAUGCCGACGGUACUUUUUCAUUCAACUUUCUUCGAUGUCGCGUACACCUCGCUCGGAUCCAAGGUGCAAUGUACGACUUCAUGGUUGCAACUCGUGCCGGCACGGUGGAUGACUACCAGCGAAACGAGGACACAGUUCGUCUAAACCAUAUGCUGGAUGAUUGGAUCUCCACUAUACCGCCACCGUGCCGACCGAGCUCUGUGCUCCAAGCUGGACAACCAAACCUGUGCAGAAGCUUUGCAGUCCUCUAUUCCACUCAUCUUGCCUGUCGGACUCAGAUUUAUCGUGCUAAUGCCAUGGCGUCGCACUGGAUGCAGAGCCUACGGAGAUUUGGCAGAACAGUUACGCAAGAGGGAUAUAUUGUUCCGGUACCCCUGCCAACACCCUCAUUGCAGGAUUGGGAGAAGCUGGUUGACGAGACUCGUUGGUGUAUGCGGCUGUUUUGGGGUGUGGGACGAAGAGACCAGGCAUUCAUCUGGAUGACCGCGUGCACAUAUAUCACUGGAUCAGUCUGCUUGACAGCCAACAUCAUGUUUGAGCCAUGCCACGCAAGUGUGGAACACGACCUGUCACUGGUGAACCUGUCCAUUUCCCUUUUGGAAGAUCUGAUACAAGAAACAGAGCACGAGCCUCUGAAAGAUCUACGAGACGCAUGCCAAGAGCUCCUGCGUUAUGCUUGUGCAUUAUCGCCCAGGGUUGACGUUUAA